GAACUUUAGAUUUCUUUUCCCUAUAUUAUAAUAUCUUAUAUUGCGUGCGAGUAGAAUUGUAUUGUAUCUGUGUUUGUCUCAAUCAAUCCAAAGGAAUUCGCAUCCCACUCUCCCGUAAAAUUCGAUAUAAUCAUGACUCGAUUAAUACUUUCCACAUCAAAUAUUAUGGUCGGAGGACCUUCCAUCAUUAGAAAACCCGGCGCAGACCGGUCAAAUCUUGAACUUACAAACUCCCUCCGAAGCAAUUUUCUAGCUGCGCAGCAAGACUAUUCACCCACCCCUUCAUAUGCCAAUGGAGUCAAUGGACACGAUGAAUCCGAUGAAGAGAAUGGAUCACCGAGCCGACCGCCAGUUUCCAUUUGGACAACUAGACAAGACAAUGACUUUUAUAUUCCCACCAUAGAUUGGUCUCUAUCUGGGCUCGCAGAAGAGCCCAAGAAUUACGAAAUCACUGUUAAACUAUUUUAUAUGGCCAAUACGGAUGUGAAGUCGAGGUCAAAACACACAAAAGAUGCUCUAAACUUGGUAAUGAAAGAAUUGGGCGUCGAGUCAAUUGAUCUCCUAAUCGUUUCAUUCCCUGGAAUGUCCUUUGACGGUGACUGCGAAUGGGAAGCAGACAAGAAGAACUCGGAACAAGGAAACGAAGCCGAAGAACUUGGAACCUGGCCUAUAUUGGAAGAACUAUACGAUCAAGGAAUUGUGAAGAAAUUGGGAUUGGCCGAAUUUGGCACGGCGAAGCUUGCUAAGUUUCUAGGAAACGUCAGAGUGAGACCACAAGUCGACCAGAUAAAUGUGAAAGAUUGUUGCAGAGUUCCACAGCCUUUGCUCAAGAUCGCCAAACAAGAGAAGAUCGAGCUUUUCACUCACAAUGAUUGCACCGACAUAUUACCUAGUGGAACAUUGCGGGAGCUAUUGGGGCAAGGAGUAAGAGGCGCUGGUGUGCUGUCAGAAUCCAAGAGAGGAAUCGAUGGUAUGAAAGGUGACUUGAAGCCGGAAUGGGUGGUCAAAUAUACCGCAAUUGUCCAGGAUCGUGGCGUGAUAGAAAAUAAGGGAUAUUUCGCUUCAGCAGAAUUGAGAGAGUGAACAUCAAAAGAUCAUUUAGGGGUUUAAAUUUUGGUGCAAUGGCGAAUUGCGGGUUUCUGCUCCAAUAGCGUGUUGGAAGUAACGGGAUUGACUUGAAAUGGCAGGAUUACUUGGUUGGCAGUUUAUUGUUUGGGUAGCCUUGGUGGAUGUCAAAGAGAAGUACAUGGACAAGUAGAAAUCCUAAUACAAACAUUGGAUAUAUUAUAGAAUCA